UCAGAGAAACAAGGGUGUGGAGACCUAUUCAAAGAAAACAACUAUGGCUAUCAUAGGUAAUGGUGUGAAUCCAAUACUGAAAGGUAGUUGAACUCAAAUUAACCUAUGACCCUGGAGAAGGGAGGAUGAAAUAACAUAGUCUUCUGAUAGAAAAGUAGGGAAACUAUAGGUAUAGAAUGUUUGAAUUGGUCUGUUUGCUUAAUCAGUCAAGUUAGCAUCCUCAAUGGGACUGUUAUGUUAGGAAUCUAACAUUUAUCUAUAUUAUCUCAUUUGUCCCUCACAAGAGCCCCGUGAGGUAAAUGCUAUUGUUAUCCCUAUUUUAUGGUUUAGGAAACUUGAGACUGAAAGAGGUUCAGUAAUUUGUUUCAUAGCUGAUUAGCAUCAAGUAGGAUAUGACUGAGAAAUUACAAUGAUAUAGACAAAACCACUCUUCUGCCUUGGAGCCAAUACACAGUAUUGGCUCCAAGACAGAAGGUAAGGGUUUAAAAAAAAAAAAAAAAAAAAAAAAAAAAAAAGUUUACAUCAGAAAAUAAGCAAUUUGUAACUUUUAAGAGCCCUAAUUUGUCUUUAAAUUUGAAAGAGGGAAUCUGCAGAUAAAUAUUGAUUAUACAAGAUAGCAGUGCUCUGACAAAAAAAGAUUGAAUUUGGGGUGAGGGUGCCUAGAUUCAACUCUUCAGUCUGUGCCUUACAUCUCUGGUGGCCUUGGACAAAUGGUUCUACCACUAUUAGCCUUAGUUUCCUCAUCUGUAAAAUAUGGCCUGGGUGAUAUCUCUAGAGUCUUUCAGUGCCAAAUCCUACUUGUUUGUUAUUUUGUUUUAUGUAGGUGAAUAAACAAGAUGGAUUUCUCCCAACUACCCAAAAUCAUUGAUGAAGACCAUGAAAGUGCAUUUGGCUAUGUGUAUGGAGUCUCAGGACCUGUGGUCACUGCCAAUAACAUGGCUGGCGCAGCUAUGUAUGAACUUGUAAGAGUGAGCCACAGUGAACUUGUUGGAGAGAUUAUUCGAUUGGAAGGUGAAAUGGCUACUAUCCAGGUGUAUGAAGAAACAUCUGGUGUAUCUGUUGGUGAUCCAGUACUCCGAACUGGCAAACCUCUCUCAGUAGAGCUUGGACCUGGCAUAAUGGGAUCCAUUUUUGAUGGAAUUCAGAGGCCCUUAAAAGACAUCAGCACACAAACUCAAAGCAUCUACAUUCCUAGAGGAGUCAAUAUAUCUGCCCUUAGUAAAGAUAUCAAAUGGGAUUUCACACCUUCUAAAAACUUCCGGGUUGGCAGUCAUAUCACCGGGGGCGAUAUUUAUGGAGUAGUACAUGAAAAUUCCCUCAUCGACCACAAAAUCAUGUUGCCACCACGCAGCCGAGGUACAGUGUCAUACAUUGCUCCACCUGGAAACUACGAUACCUCAGAUAUUGUCUUGGAGCUUGAAUUUGAGGACGUAAAAGAGAAGUUCACCAUGGUCCAAGUGUGGCCAGUCCGUCAAGUGCGUCCUGUCACUGAAAAGCUGCCAGCCAAUCACCCUCUGUUAACUGGCCAGAGAGUCCUUGAUGCACUUUUCCCAUGUGUACAAGGAGGAACUACUGCUAUCCCUGGCGCUUUUGGCUGUGGAAAAACUGUGAUAUCCCAGUCUUUAUCUAAGUAUUCCAAUAGUGAUGUGAUCAUCUAUGUGGGUUGUGGAGAAAGAGGAAAUGAAAUGUCUGAAGUACUCAGAGACUUCCCAGAGUUAACAAUGGAAGUUGAUGGGAGGGUGGAGUCUAUAAUGAAGAGAACUGCAUUGGUGGCCAAUACUUCCAACAUGCCUGUGGCUGCUAGAGAAGCUUCUAUUUACACUGGAAUUACUCUGUCUGAAUAUUUCCGUGACAUGGGCUAUAAUGUCAGUAUGAUGGCUGACUCUACCUCUCGAUGGGCUGAAGCCCUUAGAGAAAUCUCAGGGCGCUUAGCUGAAAUGCCUGCUGAUAGUGGUUAUCCUGCAUAUCUUGGUGCUCGUUUGGCUUCUUUCUAUGAAAGAGCUGGCCGAGUAAAAUGUCUUGGAAAUCCAGAAAGGGAAGGGAGUGUCAGCAUUGUAGGAGCUGUUUCUCCCCCUGGUGGUGACUUCUCUGACCCUGUUACAUCUGCCACUCUUGGUAUUGUUCAGGUGUUCUGGGGCUUAGAUAAGAAAUUAGCCCAGCGUAAGCACUUCCCUUCAGUAAACUGGCUGAUCAGCUAUAGCAAGUAUACACGCGCCUUGGAUGAGUACUAUGACAAGCACUUUGCUGAAUUUGUUCCUCUGAGGACCAAGGCCAAGGAGAUCCUACAGGAAGAAGAGGAUCUGGCAGAAAUUGUACAGCUUGUGGGGAAGGCUUCUUUAGCAGAAGGGGAUAAAAUUACUCUGGAGGUAGCAAAACUUCUCAAAGAUGAUUUCCUGCAGCAAAAUGGAUAUUCGUCUUAUGACAGGUUCUGCCCAUUCUAUAAGACUGUGGGCAUACUCUCCAACAUGAUCGCUUUUUAUGAUUUGGCACGAAGAGCUAUUGAAACGACUGCCCAGAGUGAUAAUAAAAUCACAUGGGCCAUUAUCCGAGAAAAUAUGGGGGAAAUUCUCUACAGACUUACCUCCAUGAAAUUCAAGGACCCAGUGAAAGAGGGUGAAGCCAAAAUCAAGAGUGAAUAUGCUCAGCUUUUUGAAGACAUGCAGAAUGCAUUCCGAAGUCUGGAAGAUUAGAACUGUGAUUAUCUUCCUCUCCUUCAGCCAGCUCAUGUCUUCUUUUCUCUUAAAUUCAACAUCUCUUUCCCUUUGCUUCCUCAUUGUGCAUUGAGACCAGGACAUUUGUGUGUGUAUGUGUAGGGUGUGUGGGUGUGUGUGUGUGUGUGUAUAUAUAUAUAUAUAUAUAAUCACUUGUUUUCCUGUUCAUAUUUGGUAGGUCUUACAUAAAAUGAACAUUCCGUGGUUUCAGUGUUUGAUGGGUCUCCCUGAUUCUUUGUCUGAAGUGUUGUUGACUAUAUGGUGAAUGUGACCAUCUCUGGUACAAAGUGGGAAUAGCUACACUAACAUUACUUGGAUAGAGGAUGACUUUCCCUCUUUCUCCUAGUUUUCCUUUUCCCCGGGUUACAAACAGGAGUAAUACGGGUACCUUUUUAAAGCAAUUGUUUUGGCAUGAAAGGCCUUGCCCUUGUGUCUUUGAGAAGGACUCAGUCUAUGAAAUGACUCACCAUUCUCUGUGGUGAGGGUGUUUGCAGCUUAGCAUUUUGCUAGCUGCCUACUAUGCAGGAAAUUAGUGGUUUCUUUUUUAGGAAUGCGAUUGAUUAACAUUGUUCCAAUUAUGGGUUGCUUCUAAUAAAAAUCAGGAAUAUUUUUUAAAAAGUGUGGAGAAUUAUACUGUUUCUAGUUGUGCCUGAAGUAGGGUAAGUGCUUUGAAUGGCAGUUUGGGGGCUCAGCAAAAUAUUUAAAGCAGUACCAAAAAGGGUGAGGGGAGCCAGAUUGCCAGCUUAAUAUUAACAUCAUACUUUGAAACACACUGUGUUUCCAAAGGUUAAUAUGUUAUAUUGAGAAUUAUUGUACUGAACUGCUGGUGAAUUUUUUUUUAAGUGCUUCAAAUGAUCACUAGGGACAUAUCCCCACUCUUGCUCCCUUUCUUUCCUUGACAACCAUUUUAGAGACCUAGGUAGGCUUUUCCAAGUUAUGUGGAGUAUGUACAAGUAAUGAGAUGCAGGGAGAAUGGUGACUCAAUAACUACUUGGGACCAUUAAGGAAAAGUUUGAUUAUAAAAAUGUGCUCCAGCCCCAAGAAUCAUGUUCUUUGAAACGAUUACCUGUCUGCCACAUUGUAUGCAUGUUUUGGGUGGGGAAGGGACAGCUAGGUGGCUCAGUGGAUUGAGAGCCAGGCCUAGA